AUGGGAGAACCAGCCCCGGAGCUGUACUCGUCGUUCGGGCCUAGCAGCUCAAGCAUUGACCUUGAGAGCCGUGUUUUGGAGCUGGAGAGGGAGCUUGAAGGGGAAAGAGAGGUGAGAGAAGCAUUGGCUUUGCGAGUGGUUUCUUUGCAGCAAGAGCUGUCCCGGAUGGACUCUCGCUUGCGAGCCUUAGAGCAUCAUCACUCCUUUGUUGCUUCACAGCUCUGCAUUCCGUCUGCCAGCGCCUCUCUGGAGGACUCUUCGCUUUUGCACAGCACCUGUGACUCUGGCAGUGCAACGACCCUGCCUGGAGAGCAGCCAGCAUGCCAGGCUAAAGAGACCUCGCACUUCCCUCCCACUCCACCUGGACUCCCAGUUUUCAGCCAGCCUGUUUUGGAUGUUGAGUUGGAAUCACCUCAAUCCAAGUCGUCUUGGGAGGUUGUCAUUGCACCCCAAACUUGGAAGACGCUUUGCAUUCGUGUGCUAUGGCAGCCGGGCCCUGCCCCAAGUCCAAGCCUACACGAGCACAAGCCCUGGCUCUGCAUUCACCCGUACCUGCACCACUUCGCAUUGUCUGUCCCAGAACAGGUCCAGAAUCCAGACCCGCAUCCUUGCAUCGCCCUCUGCUUGCACCGGUAUGUCAAGGUGUGCUUGGCUUAUUUUGGCUUUCUCUCUGAGCUGGGGAAGACUUUGCAGGACCUCUCUCAGACAGAUGCAGUGGAGUGUGUCUUUCUCCUGCAUCGUAGCUCCGAAGAAGAGUCUUCCCCUACUUUUGAGAAUGUCCAUCCCACCAAUACUUUGAAGGCUCUUAGAUGGUUGAUUCGCACUGUGCAGCUCCACUUUCCAGACACGUACUCUGGCUUGUUCCGUACUUUGUCACAACCAGCACAGUGUGAAAGGAAGGAGUCCGUGCCUUUGCCUUUGGACUUUGUGGCUUACCUUGAGUUCCUUGUGCUAAGCAUGGAUACUUUGCCCUUGGAUCGUUUAUUGGCGGGGUCCCUUUUGGUGUGCAUUUGGGCUUCUCUCCGUUUCGGAGAUGCCUCUCAUGUGCUUUGGUCCUCCCUCAUUUACGACAAUGGGGUGCUUCGGGGCGUGGCUCACCGCACGAAAACCUCCUCCAGGGGCAUGCCUUUUGCUCUACAUGGCAUUGGCCUUUACGGUGAUUGGGCUUCGGGGUAUCUUGUGGCUUUGCACGAGCUUUGGAACUCGCUGGCUUUGCGCUCGCCAGCAGUUCCUGACUAUCUUUUCUUUGUCUCUGCCCUCUUGGACGGAAAUCAGGACAUUGAAGACUUUGAUACCCUCUUUGCCCCGGCCACCUACGCCUUUUGCCUUAAAAAACUUCGGCUUCUCUUGUCGUCUUGGGGUCGCCUUUCACCCCAGCAGAUCAGCAAUUAUACUUUGCACAGCUGUAAGAGUACCCUGCUUAGUUGGGCCGCCCAGCAAACUUUGCCUGUGUCUUUUCGCAAACAACAAGGCCAUCAUCGGUCAUCCGACAGCGCAACGCUUUAUGGCCGCGAUGAUGUUUACCUGGCUUUGGAGACCAGAAGCCCUCAGGUCUGGGUCCUUCGUGCCUUUGGUGCCUCAGCAUAG